AUGAUCUUUGCAAUCUUUUCAACAGCAGUGGCAAUUUUGUUUUCAUACAUCGUAUUACAGCAUUAUGCUGAAAAUGCCAGUAAGUUAGAUAAAGGGGAUAACAAUAAGCUAAAUAUUCUGGCUCCAGGUAUAGUUCCUGUUAACAACGAAUUUAGGUGGGAGAAUCAGAAACCUUUUCCUUACAAGCCUUUCAAAAAAGGUUCAUAUAAAAUGACAUUGGCAAUCAGAAAGCUGGAUCCUAAUGACAUGUUCUGCAUUGAAGACACCUAUCUUGAUAGAGUAAACCUAAGGAAAAAGAUCUUUCAGAAUGAAAAAUUAUACGGAUUCCAUGAAAGUGCUAUUGAAUCUUUAAAGGAAGCAUAUACCUAUAUCUUUCUUUUUUUGAUGAGACGGUACCCAAUGUAUUUUGUUUUAUCUACAGACAGCACUACUAUAGAUAAUAAAAUUACUGGGGAAUCAUUCCCUUUGGAUCCUACAAAUUUAAAGCCUAACCAGAUUAUGUAUAAUAUUGUCUCCAAUAUCGAGGAAGACAUACUUAUUUUAAUUAAAAAUCCAGAAACUAGUGAGAUGGACGAAUACGUUUUAAGGGCGGCUAUCUCAUUAUUUCCGGCGGGAUUCAAUCCAUUAGAGAAAAUGAAUAAUCCAUUAACAAAAAUCCAUGAGCCUGUUCCAGGUUAUGUCAAUAAGCUCCAACUUUCAAUGAAUAAGUUUUUCUCCCGUUUAAACACACAUGAAUACAUUGUACGGAACAACUGGAGUAUCCAGACCCAUUGCAAUCUUUGCGCACCAAGUGGAUCGCAUGCAACCGAAGAGGAAGCCACCGUCAUCCACCCUUUUUAUCCAGAAGAGUUGGAUUACAACAAAGUAUUUUUUAGAGUUGAGAAGCAAUGUUUCACUCGUUUAGCAAAAACUGGGUCUAACUUAAUGGUGAUAAGAACUUAUGUUACAUCGCUGAUGGAAUUGAGAGAUUCAUUGAACGAUGAAGAAAAGGAAACUUUAUGUAGUGCUAUUGAUGGUCUUACUGGAGAGUUAGCAAUUUACAAAAGAAGAAUACAGUGGGGUGAUGCUGCCAAGGCUUUUAUAAGAGGAGAAAGCAAUGGAAUAAACACAACUGCAAAAAAGUAUCUCUUUGUUAGCUGA